UCCGAGGGUUCUCGGCAGGUGAGGGCUGGAUCAGGUGGGCCCCUUUAUCUCGAGGCCAGGCCGGGAAGCUGGACGGGGAGUGCCGUGAGUUUCUUUGUCUCCAAGCCGCAGCGAAGGGGCGGGUCAGCGACCGUGCCAGCCCCGGAAGCGGAAGUGUGGACACCGCAGGGGUCAGUCUAGUGUUAGCUCUGCCUGUGAGCCCGCUGUUCUGCCUGCCGGUUCCACCGCCCUUUUCCUCUCGUCCGUGUGCUGCUCGCCGGCCUCGCCAUGCUAUCUCUAGACUUUUUGGAUGAUGUGCGGCGAAUGAACAAGCGUCAGCUCUAUUAUCAAGUCCUAAAUUUUGGAAUGAUUGUCUCCUCAGCACUAAUGAUCUGGAAGGGGUUAAUGGUAAUAACUGGAAGUGAAAGUCCAAUUGUAGUGGUGCUCAGUGGCAGCAUGGAACCUGCAUUUCAUAGAGGAGAUCUUCUUUUUCUAACGAAUCGAGUUGAAGAUCCCAUAAGAGUGGGAGAAAUUGUUGUUUUUAGGAUAGAAGGAAGAGAAAUUCCCAUAGUCCACCGAGUCUUGAAGAUUCAUGAAAAGCAAAAUGGACAUAUCAAGUUUUUGACCAAAGGAGAUAAUAAUGCCGUUGACGACCGAGGCCUCUAUAAACAAGGACAACAUUGGCUAGAGAAAAAAGAUGUUGUGGGAAGAGCGAGGGGCUUUGUUCCUUAUAUUGGAAUUGUGACGAUCCUUAUGAAUGACUAUCCUAAAUUUAAGUAUGCAGUGCUCUUUUUACUGGGUUUAUUUGUGCUGGUCCAUCGUGAGUAAGAAGUCUGCCUUGCUGUUCCUGGGAAGAUGCUGUAAUUUUUGUUACUGAAUGUUUGGAGUAGAUACUGAUCUGUGAUUGAUGGAAUGGAGACACACAUUUUGGCGCUUCUUGGUAGCACUGGUUUGCAUUAAUGUUUCCUUGCCAGAGUAUGUGUGGGUGGGUACAUGUGCACCACAAAGUGCACUCAAGGGUACUUUCAAUCACAGGAUUUCAUAUGUUGUCAUUGUCACACUUUCACAUUUUUGUACAUCAGUGAAUUUUUUAUAUUAAAAGGUUAAGCCAAAGCCCCCAGUGUUUGUAUUUUGAAGCCAAGCUUCACUUCUAAAGUGCCUACAGAGUUCUGUAAAUGAAAAUGCAGCUCUGCACGAGUUUGAGGCUGCCAUUCCCCCUUAUAAUGGGAGUGGCAUGGACUGAGGAGGUCAUAAGUCUUAACUUUUCAGAAUUUUGAAUAAAAUACUUUGCACAUUGAA